AUGAGAGCAUCGGAAUCCACGCAGAAGCUAUGGAGCGCCUCAUCCUCGCCGUCGGCCAGCAUCGAGAACUUCCACAGCAACGAGCCGCACAGUCAAUUGCCAUCCGCCGGUCACCCGGCAGCGUUCAGCGGCAGCAGGAGCAGCAGCCGUUCGAGCAGCAUCGCCAGCAACGGCAGUCAGGCGAAGUUCGCCCACGAACUUCUGGACCAGAAUCGGCGGCCUCCAUUACAGCAGCAGCAUUGGCCUCGGGCUUCGGGCGAAGGCGAACUUACCGGUCCGUCACUUUGCCGACAUUCCAACGGCGACGCCAGCUCCAGCCUGGAUCACAAGCGGACGCACCAGCAACAACACCUAGCUCGGGGUCCACCAUCCAGCCUGGGUGGCCAAACGUUCGCCGACAACAUCCCGCUGGUGACCGGCGGUGGGCCGUCCAGUGCAGCUGAUGGAACCAUGAGGCUCACGGGCACGGCUGCAGUAGCGAACGGGGGUGUUAGUGAGGGGCCCGACGGGGGUCUUAGAGUCAGCAAACUGGACCGUGGUAGUGCCGUCCAUCCGCCCAGCGGUUCCUGCACCGUGUACGGUCUAAAUAGUGUAAAUAGUGACGGUGGUAUCAGUUCGAAGGUUAGCCUCAGUCAUAGUCGCCAUAGUGGCAGUAGCAGCAGCAGCAGCAGCAGUAGUAGUUACAGUAACGGUGGCCUCAUCACGGGCUUCAACGGAAUUAGUGGCAAUGGCAGCAACAGUGGCUGGGGUCACUCCGUAUUUUCUCGGUGCUAUUUGGGCAAAAUACGCACGUUCCUCAUCGGGCUGGUCGUCUUCUCGGUGGCCACCGUUGGGCUGUCGCAGUACUUCAUGGAUAGUUCCGCCUUCACUAGUCUUAUGCACCGCGAGGCACGACCACCGGCACCACAGAUCCACUGCCGGAUGCUGAACGGGAAAACGGCCGUCGAUGGAGCGCUCGCGCCGGACCACCGGUCCGAGGCCCGAUUACGGAUCGAUCCGAAAGUCCUGGUGUUCGUGGAGACGACGUAUACGCAGCUCGGUAAGAGCAUCGCAGAGCUGCUGGUCCACAACCGUAUCAAGUACAAAUUGGAGGUGGCGGGCAAGAGUCUGCCGGUGCUGACGAACCAGGACAAGGGCCGCUACGGGGUGAUUGUGUUCGAAAAUCUGGAUAAAUAUCUCAACAUGGACAACUGGAACCGGCAGCUGCUGGACAAGUACUGUCGGGAUUACUCGGUCGGCAUCAUCGGGUUCGUGAGUCCGAGCGAAGAAACGUUGGUCGGUGCCCAGCUGCGCAACUUUCCACUCUACGUUCACACCAACCUGCGGCUGCGGGAUGCCAGCUUGAAUCCGGGUUCACCGAUACUGCGGCUGACGCGUGCUGGUGACACCGCGUGGGGUCCGCUGCCCGGGAACGAUUGGGCCAUCUUCCAGCACAACCACAGCGGGUACGAGCCACUCGAGUGGGCCCAGAAGAACGUGAUGGACUACCCGACCGAUGGAGUGGCCCAACCCCCGCUGGCCACCGUUCUGCAGGACCACGGGCAAAUCGAUGGGAUCCAGCGGAUUCUGUUCGGUUCCGGGCUCAAGUUUUGGCUACAUCGGUUGCUGUUUCUGGACUCGCUGUCCUAUCUGAGCCACGGGCAGCUCAGCCUCAGUCUGGAGCGACGCAUACUGAUAGAUAUCGACGAUAUCUUCGUGGCCGAAAAGGGAACGCGGUUGAAGCCGGACGAUGUGCACGCCCUGCUGGCGACGCAGAACCGCAUCGCGGAGAUGGUGCCCGGGUUCCGGUUCAAUCUGGGCUUCUCGGGGAAGUUCUUCCACCACGGGACGCACGACGAAAACCUCGGCGAGGACAUGCUGCUGCGUAACGUGGCCCAUUUUAACUGGUUCUCGCAUAUGUGGAAUCACCAGCAACCGCAUCUGUACGAUAAUCUGACGCAGCUGAUGGGUGACAUGAUGCUGAACAAGGAGUUCGCCAAGGAGCACGGUAUUCCGACCGACUCGGGGUAUUCGGUGUCACCGCACCACUCGGGCGUGUAUCCCGCGCACGAGCUGCUGUACAUAGCGUGGAAAAAGGUGUGGAACAUUCGCGUCACCUCGACGGAAGAGUACCCUCACCUGAGGCCGGCCCGACUGCGCCGAGCGUUCAUUCACCGGAACAUUAUGGUGCUUCCGCGACAGACUUGCGGCUUGUUUACGCACACGAUCUGCAUCAACAGCUAUCCGGGUGGGCGCGAGAAAUUGGACGAAUCGAUCAGCGGUGGCGAGCUGUUCCAGACGAUCGUUUACAAUCCGAUCAACAUCUUUAUGACGCAUAUGUCGAAUUACGGCAACGAUCGAUUGGCGCUAUACACUUUCGAGUCCGUGUUUAAGUUCCUGCGCUGCUGGACCAACCUGAAACUUACGUCCGUGCCACCCCUUCAGCUCGGCGAGCUGUACUUCAAGCUACACCCGGAGGAGCGAGAUCCAAUCUGGGGCAACCCGUCGGACGAUCCGAAGCACGCGAAGAUAUGGGCCGGAAACAAGCGACGCACCACGCUCCCGAAACUGCUCGUACUUGGCCCGCAGAAGACGGGCUCGACGGCGUUCUACACGUUUCUUAGCAUGCACCCGGCCGUGUCCAGCAACCUACCGAACUCGGACACGUUCGAGGAGAUUCAGUUCUUUAACGGCAACAACUACUACCGGGGGCUCGAAUGGUACCUGGACUUUUUUCCACUGCAAUCGAACGACACCGACGACAAGUUUAUGUUCGAAAAGUCAGCCACCUACUUCGACGGGGAGCUGGUGCCGAAGCGAGCCCAUGCGCUGCUCCCGAAGGUACAGCUCGUCACGAUCCUGAUUUCGCCCGCGAAACGGGCCUACUCGUGGUACCAGCACAUCAAGGCGCACGGUGACCCGAUCGCAAACAACUACAGCUUCUAUCAGGUCAUAACGGCGACGGAGGCGGAACCGAAAGCUUUACGUGAUCUACGCAACCGUUGUCUGAACCCGGGAAAGUACGCGCAGCAUCUCGAGCGCUGGUUGGCGUACUAUCCGCAGCAGCAGCUGUACAUUAUCGACGGCGAGCAGCUGAAAUCGAACCCGAUCAGUGUGAUGAUGGAUCUGCAGCGGUUCCUCAAACUGCCCCCGUACGACUAUAGCCAGCAUCUGCGGUUUGACAAUAAGAAAGGUUUCUACUGCCAGGUGAUCGCCGAUAAUCGCAACAAGUGUCUCGGCAAGUCGAAAGGCCGCCAGUACCCACCGAUGGACGAGCGGAGUGCAAAAAUGCUGCAAAAGUAUUACCGAAUACAUAACCAGGCACUGGUGAAAUUGCUGAAAAAGCUUGGCUCACGACCCAUCCCCCAAUGGCUGAAAGAGGACCUUUCCGUCACCUCCUAACAGACACUACGGUGUUUUCCGACAUCGUAAGAGAAGUGAAACACUUGGCAGGACUCUGCAUUCCGCGAAUAGAAAAGGGUAACGCCGGAAACGCUUUUUGUCGUUUGUCAAGACGGAAAAGGGGACGAGCACAUGCCGAGCGUGUGCGAUCAAUGCGGGUAAUCAAACAAGGUUAUAUUAUUCUCACCAACUACAUCGCGAUGUGUGUUGGGGAAAUGUUAUUCCUACCACCUUCAGCUUAUCACUUGUCGUUAUCAAUUCCUUUCCUGGUUUACUCUUAAGUAUCCGCUGCGCUGUGAUGAGGAGAAAGUGUAUCAUAUUUUAGGCCAUGUAGUGACUCCUCUUCUUAAUUUGUAUUUUAAAUUUAGAUAACACUUAAUUUAGGUAUAUUAGGUGCGUUAGUUGACGACAUCCGUUAAGCUGUAGAGUACUGCGUAGCUUGUUUGUUUUAUACCAAACU